CAACACCUACACUAUGAGCUGCACAUCGAUUCAGCAAGAUACCGUCGAGCGCCACCGCGCUAGUGGCAACAAGAAUCUAAAUCUCUCGCCUCGCUCGCACAACGACAGCACCAAGUCGCCCGCCAAGACCAAGAAAAAGGCACCUGCAGCAACGUCGCCGAAAGCAGAGAAGAAGUCGAUGCGCACCGCGACCGACGUCAUCCACCGCAUCCUUUGGGACGACAACAUUACGCAAACCGAGGUCAUUGUCGGGUACCUCGAUCGGUUUGUUGGUACGGUCGAGCGCAACUUUGCGGCGUUCAACUGGGCCGACAUUGCGACCUUGUCGCAGAACGAGACGGCGAUCCCGCAGCACCGAAUCCAGUACUUUAAAUGGCGCGACGAGAUCAUUUGGGACAAGCGCGUGCGGCUCGACCGCGUCUUUGGCUCGUCUGGUCACGACAUGAUUGCGUUCUCACCGUCGACGGCCGCCCCUGCACCGUCGUCUGCCGUCGCCGCCGUGACGCCGGCCAAUGUUACGUUCCAUGCCAACACGGACCGCCCGAACACCUUCUUGUGCUUUCGCAUCACGGACUCUAGCGUCGUCGACGCAUGCAAGCACGCGCAAGCUGCGAUUCUUCGCGGCGACCCGCGACUGGCACCGUCGGCGCUCGCACCAGCGCGGUUUCACUGCACGCUGCUGCUGAUGCGCCUCAAGACCCUCGACGAGAUUGACGCCGCCAAGCGCGUGUUGGCCGAAUGCCAGGGGUUACUGCACACUCUGUGCACAUCGAAUGUCACAUUCGACGGCGUCAGCGCUUUUGGCAACCGCGUCGUCUACGCCAAGAUCCGCCCCUGGCGACGGUGCUGUUGA